AGUGACGCGGACAAAGCGGAAAGCGUUGCCGAAAGCAACAAAACCGGCGAAAGCGCAGUUGGUAACACAUGCGGCGACACUGCGUAGCGCAACGCAACGCAGCGCUGCAGAUGCUGCCGCCAACGAGGUGUCCAAAUCGAAUGCGGCCGACUUCAGCGCGUUCGACUUCAAUGACAGCUCCGAUAAUUCUGAUAUACAGGCGCGCCCGCCAUCCUACCUCAGUCGCGCGAAUCUGCAUAACAAUAUAAGCAGUGGCGGCGGCAGCGGCGGUAACAACAGCAAUGGCAACAAUACCAGCAACAGUAUUAACAGCUGUAACAGUAACAACAACAACAGUAGAUUAAAUAAUAGUAGUAAUUUAGUGAACAACAACAACAAUAAUGCGAGUUGUCACGAAGUGGAAGCGUCGAGUAAUGCGGGAACGCGCAGUGGGAGGAAUGGCGCUGAAAUGCAUGAAGUCAACGGCGACGCGAUGGAGCAAGAUGAAGAGGACAAUGAUGCUGGCGGAGAUGGUGGCGAUGACGAUGAUGAAGAGGAUGACGACGAUGAGGAAGAAGCAAUCAAUGAGGCUGAAAACACAAAGCAGCGUGAGCAACGAACACGCACGAAAGCGGAAGAGAAAGGCGGCGGCAACGACGAUGACGACGACGAUGAGGAGGAGGACGAGGCGGACGAUGAUGCUCCGAAUGAAGCGUUCAAUGUCACCGCGCGACAGUUGCGCGCUGUCACGGAUGCAUUGGCUAGUGUGACCAAUGACAAUGACAGGUUUCUCGAGUCGCCAAAUGCGUCCACUGCCGGUGCGGCUGCAAACGCUGGCGCGGCUGUUAAUGUGUCCAAUAUUAGCAAUGGCAGAGAUGGUGAUGACAACAACGUCACUAAUAACAACAACAGUAGUAGCAACCACAGCCACAGCAAUAUUGCGCAUCAAACAAACAACAACAACACUACCAACAAUGAUGACAAUAGCAAUGCCAGCAGUGAAGAUGAUGAUGGCGAGGACGAUGAUGACGACGACAUGGUCUGUCAUGGCAUGCGCGCACUAGAUGGCAUGGGUGUGGGCGAUGCACAUCGCUCGGCAGUUAAUACACACAACAGCAACAACAAUAACAAUAGUCAUCAUAACAGCAAUAGCGCUGCAGAUGCAUUGCUGAUGGCAGCGAUUGCCAAUGCAAGCACCAAUGGCACAAACAGCAAUGGAGGCGCUGCGGGCGUACUCAACAACGCGUUGACUACAAAUGCGACCACAGAGUCACACAACCAAUGCGCGACGCAGCAAAAUGCAGCCACCGGCGUUAGUUCACUUUUUGAAGGCGCCUUAGGAGCGAACAACGGCAACAAUUGCAAUGAAUUGGCGCGUAGUAGCAGCGCCAGCCUGAGCAAUAACAGCUCAUCUACUGCUGCGCUAGGUGUUGGUGGAGGUGGUGGCAGCGUUAUUGGCGCGGGUGAUGCGAAUAGCAUUGGCAUUGGUGGCAGCGGUGGUGGUGGCGGCGGCGGUAAUGGCAGUAUUUGUGGUGGUGUCGGUGGAGGUAGCGGUAACGGUAUCGCGGCCGGCAUUGGUGGUGAGAGUAUGUGUGGCGGUGCGCCUAGCGAGGCAGGUAGCGCGGCUGGCACAACGGGUUCGGGCCAUAGUGAGCGUAAGAAGUAUCGCCAUCAAAAUUAUAGCAAAAAUAUUUACAUCGGCACCAAGAACGCGGAAAAGUGGGAGCACACACGCACGCGUCUGCAAUUCAAAAACGAUGUGGAGUUUGUGACGUACUUGUUGAAUUUGGCCGACAAUGAUACGGAACGUUUGGCGAAUUUACCACCGCCCUCGGCGCCAACAACACCCACAAAAAGUUUCGCCAACAACUUCAAACUGGAACCCAACCUCAGCGUGAAGGAGUUCAGCAAAAGUCAAACUGAGAAUAGUAGCGAGGCACCAGCACCCGCGCCGAUACGGAGGAAAUACAAAAAGCGCGUACAGUUCAGUGACGCACUUAAUGGCUUUCCGAAAAUUAAAGACUUUUCGAAUUUCUCCGCAAAAGCGAAGAAACACGAUCAAAAAAUGAAGAAUGCCACAAACACGAGCGGUGCAGGCAACGAUACCUUGCCCGAGGUGUUGGACUGUCGCAUAGCAGAGAAGAUCAAGAGCGAGCUGGAAGAGAAGGGCGCUACGAAAGGAUCAACGCAUCAAAAUGCAUUGUGUCUGAAGAAACCAGGUGAGGCGGGAGAUGAAACCGAACAGCACAACCACAGCGACGAAGACGAUGAUGAGGAAGCAGAAGCAGAGACCACCGGCGCUGACUCAACUAGCGCAGCUGCUCUUGCAAGUGCUGCCAAUGUUGCUGCAGCAGCUAACGGCGACGUAGUCGAUGCCAACAAUGGCGUCGGGGCAGGAGCAACACCAACGCCCACACUGACAGCACCAACCGCAAUGGCCACCACCAGCAAUUUCCGUGCGCGAGUGAAAGGCAAACGUGGCCCUAAACCCGCAACGACGCUGCCGGUCAACAAUGCGUUCAGCAGUCUGGGCACCAGCCUUGCCGAUGAUGAAGAAGAUGAGCUCGACGGCGAUACCGAUGGCGAUGAUGAAGAUGAGGAAAUGGAUGAAGAAGCGUUGGCGCGUGAAAUGAAAAACGAACAGAAUUUCGUUGAAGAGGAGGACGAGCACGACAUAGCCUUUCGUUCGCAGCAAUCGUGUCGCGAAUGCUCCAUCACGCAUGACUAUAAAAUUUGUCCAUUACGCACUGCAAUUGGCACCAUUACCGAUGCGGUGGAUUUGUCUGAGUGGAUAGAACGUAAAAACUUGGAGGCUUUGGCCAAACUAAAACAUGAUGCACAACGACAAGCGAAACAGGAUCACGAUCCCGAUGAUGAGGAUAUGGACGAAACGUCGCAAAUGUCUGAGCUUGAAACGAAGCCGUUGAUAACGUUCGCCGAAGCUUCGGUGCCAGCCGAAUUCGAGCUGCAUAAUGUCGAACCGAAUGUGACGGGCGUGUUUGCGCGCACCGAAGUGCGUUCCUACACCAAACUGGGACCGCUUAUCGGACAACCUGUGCAGAAUAGUGAGGUACGCGAAGGCAGCGAUAUGAAGUGGAUAUUUGAGAUAUGCGAAGCUGGUGCGGAGUUGUCUCAACUAUUGGCUUGCGACAAUCCAAACACUUCCAAUUGGUUGCGCUAUAUACGACCGGCGCCCAGUUACGAGGAGCGCAACGUGAACUUAGUUUCGAUUGAACGGCAAGCGUUCUUCGUCACCUGUCGCGAUGUGAAGAAUGGCAUGGAACUGCUCUACUGGAGCGACGACUGCAACACGAUGUGGCGCAAGAAGCACACGGAGAAAACGAAUUGUGGCGGUUGCAAUUUACGCUUCGACCAUCCGCUCUACUAUCGCACGCAUUGCUCGAUUUUCCACGAUCCCUCGAUGAGUCUCACCAUACGCAAGUAUCACUGCAAGGUGUGCGGCGAAGCGGUGCUUGGCAAGGACAACAUCAUGAAGCAUGCGGCCGAGAAGCAUGAGGGCAAAGGCGCCUACCAAUGCCAAUUUUGCAACAAGUUCUUCCUGCGACUCAACUACUUGGAAAUGCAUCGCACCUACGGCUGUGCGGCCAAUCCGAAUCGUGCGCGACCACUUUGCGAUUUCUGCGGUCGUAAAUUCUGCCAACCGCAAAAGCUCAAGGCUCACAUCAAGCGCAUGCACAGUGAUAUGGCUGAAGUUUUACGAGAUUUUCAGUGUAAAUUAUGUUCAAAACUUCUAGGAUCACGCGCCGCGCUGCAGCGUCACUCCAAGGAGGUGCACAGUCGCAACUCGACGGUGGUCAGCUGUCCGCGAUGUCAGAAGCUCUUCCAGAAUCGCAGUAAUUUGAAAAUCCAUAUGCUCACACAUUCGGGCGUCCGACCAUUCAAAUGUUCGGAGCCCGAGUGUAAUGCCGCUUUCACCACGAAGCAAUGUCUUCAGUUUCAUUAUAAGAAGGUGCAUAACUAUACACAGGAGCAGAUGCCCAGGAUUGAGCGUAGUGUCGCGUAUACCUUCGAUGCUUAUUCGGGUGGCAUGAAGGUGGACUUUCUGGAACAAGCGCCGCGCCGCCGACGUAAGAGCCUGGAGGAUCAAAACUCACGACUGAGCUCGAGCAUACAAAGCGACACUGAGUUCUCGGACGACAAUAUUUUCGAAGCCAUCAAGAAAUCGGGCAAAUCCAUCAAAGAUCUGUGCCGUAAUGAGCCAAACCUCUCAUUACUUUCAUCUAAGAUAUCCAGCAUAUUUGGCGAAAAAGUUGUGGGCAGUCGAAAACGCAAGAAAAAGAAGGAACCACCAACAGCAAAUAUGAAUUUGAUGGGUACAGUCGCUGGCGGUGCUGGGGCCAGUGUAGGCAACGCCACUGAGGAGGAUGAUGAAGACGAGCAUAUGGAGCAGGUGCGUCGUAAACAAGCCAAUGCGCAAUUGAGUCUCGUUGAAUCCUUUUUGACCACGACGGCACAGCGUCUCACCGCACAGCAACAAGUCCAACAGGUGGUCGCCGCCGCAGCGGCUGUAUCGGCGAUGGCCGGUGCUGGAGCGGCAGCCGUAGCUGAAGAUCCCACCAAAAUGCACAUGAUGUCUGGGCUCAAUAGUCAACAUCACGCGAUGGCUAUGAGUGGACAUGCAGUAGCGGGUAUGCUGAAUGACGAUGAUGACGAAGAGGACGACGAGGAUGACAAUGGAGCGGAUGAUGUACAUGAUGGCGGACAUGGUGAAACGCAUGACGACAAUAACGGUUACCGCCAUCAUGCUGGCAUGAAUGCUUUGGGACAGAAUUUGGUUGUGAGUAAAGGCAGCAAGAAAUGGAUUAGCGGUGACGAUCGUCAUCUGUCGCGCGACUGUGUAAACACAGUGGAUCGCUGUGGCAUGGGUGGUGGCGGUGUUGGUAGUGGUGGUGUUGGAGUAGGUGUCGGCGUUGGUGGCGGUGUAGGGACUGAUGCAGCGGUCGCUGCUGCUAUGGGUGGCGCCGCGGCUGUGGCGGCUGCCUGUGGUAUGAGCGGCAAUGGUGGUGGUGUUGGCGUCGGUGUGGGCAAUGAUAUGGGUAUGCCACCGUUUGCGGUGCCACCCAGCACAGUGGAUAAUGCGAACAAAUUGAUUGGCCACAAUCGCGACUUUUUAGCGCGUCUGAUGAAUUCCGCUAAUGCUAGUCAUGCGCAUCAUAACAAUCGCGGCGAAGAGGAUGAGAACUCCUCUUUCCUCGAUGUGGUCGAAUCCAAUAAUAAUAAUAACAACCAAAUUGCACAAUACCAUCACAAUAGCGGCGGCGGUGGUGGCGGUGUAGUUGGAAAUGUUGGCAGCGGAGGACAUGUGGUCAACACGGGUAAUGGCAAUACGAAUAAUAUGGUUGGCGGUACGAACAACACACCGGGCCACCAAGCGGAGGAGGCACAGUUGCAAAUGAAUUCGUUGGCGCAUUCGCAAUCGUUUAUGAGUUCGUUUUACAACAAUGCAAAUGCAAGACUGAGCGGUGCAGGUGGCGCCUCGACAUCGGCGAGCAUGCUUGUAGAGGCAGCAUUGAAUUCUGUGGGUAAUAUGAUCGAUUCGGAAAAUAAUGACAUGAAGGUGCCGAAUGAUGCGAACAUUAACACCGAUAGUCCAAUGAGCGCUCAUCACGUUGACAACGAGACGAAUCGCUUCAACACAGACACUGCCGCCAAUCACCACUCCAUUAACAGCAUUGACAACCUGGAGAACGAGCUGAAGAUGAUGAAGAAUCUCAGUAGCUUCCCAAUGCAAAUUCCACCACUGCCAAUGUUCCCGAACUCAGGCAACGCUAUGACCUCCUGCAACAUAUCGCCAAACGCUUCGACACCGACAAAUCCUCAAAGCAACCAAAAUAAUAACGACGUAGAUGUGGAUGCCAGCUCCACGCCACGCCCACAGCAUUUAGGUGCCGGCGCUGCUGAUUCCGACGGCUUCUCCUCGGUACAUCAUCGCACACCGCCCACGCCGCAACCCAUAUCGCCUGGUCGCGAUUAUGGUAUGUUCAGCAAUGCGAAUGCUACUGGCGCUAAUGGUACACCCGGCGGACCAGGCACAGCAGGCAGCAACAGCAGCGGUAAUAGCGUCAGUGGUAAUAGCAACAAUAACAUAUCAGCCUCCUCACCUUUGCCCACAAUGCAAGGACAUAGACGUAAUGCAUCAAGUGUUGGCAGCGCAUAUCCAGAACAUGAGCUCAUAUCGCCCGCAUCAUCGCCGUCUAUACCACGCUACAAUUUCAACGGCGAAAUGAUGCGACACAAACGCGCGGAGCAUGAGAAUGAUAGACGGCAAGCGAUUGGACAUAAUCCACAUCUAUCUAGUGACGAUGAGAACAGUAUUAUGCCACAAAAUAGCUCGGGUCAAGAUAUGCGCAUGAAAUUCUCACAGUCGCAAAUGGACCUCAUGUAUACCAAGUACGAAAGUAUGGCUGCCAAUGCGGCGAAUCUUAAGUACAACAGCCAAGAGCUCGAUUCGCCGGCAGAAUAUCGCAGUGCGAACAGCAAUACCGCCUCUGCGCCCACCGCCAACGAUCUGUCGGACUUGCAGGGUCUCGACAUGUCACGCUCCAGUGUCAGCGCUUCGAACUAUCACCACAACUUCCAGCUGCCUGGCAGCGCCAGCUCCAAUAUACCUGGUAUCGGUCGCUACCAUCAUCACAUCUACGAUAUACUCUCCGAGCGUGAACAACAGUCGCAACAAGCGCAGACACAGCAGCAACAACAUCAUAGUUCUGCAGUGGCGGCCGCCGCUGCUGUGGCAGCACAACAUCAACAACAACAGGAACACUCCAGCCAAUUGGCUAUGCAACAACAUCAAACGGCGAUGCAUAAUAUGCUACCCGAUCAGCUGGGCGAACAAGAUCACGAUCAAACCACUUCAGUAGACUUGAGUCGUACCGCUAAUUAUGUGGUGCCAUCACCACCACAGUUACCGUAUAAUCAUCCACAUCACGAUAUGCUGCGUAUGGCAUCAUUGGAUUUGACGCCAAAUACCAAUAUGUCUGUCGGCAAUAAUCGUUCCUUUCUCUCCUCGCAAAUGCAACAUCAGAGUCGUGAGAGUUUGGAGCAUCACCGUCUAUUGUCUACUGUGGAACAGCAUCGCAUAUUGGCUGCGUCCAAUGUGGCGGCUGAUCAGCAUCGCUUACUGGUCGAUCCCACCGCUCAUCUGCUGAUGGAGCAAAAUAAUCGACUCUUGGGCACCGAUCAAUCACGUCUUCUCGGCGAGUCGGCGCAAAAUAGGCAUAUGGCGCGCAGUUUUGGCGCCUACCAUCAGGUCGCAUCGGGCAAUUAUCAUCCUGGUGUGCGUCCACCAGUACUGCCAUCUGCUAAUCAUCAUGCUUCCAAUCCAUCAAACUACCACCCCUUCCCGGCUUAUUAUUAAAAGUGAGUGUGCUGUAAAUAUGAACUUUUGAAGUGUUGAAUAUUCUGCAGGGGUUUCAACAGGUGAUUAGUGCUUUUAAUGAGGUUUCGAGAAAUUAGUUUGGGUUUUUUAGGAACUAUGUCAGUCAGUCAAUCGAAACUUAAGUACAGAUUUCCAAUAUUUUAGAUAAUCCCUUAUGUAAAAAAGCCGUCGCUGUGUAGUGAGUAGAUUCCAGCUAAAAAGGAAUUAAAUUCACCUCUCAACAGAUGGUGCUGAACCUCCGAGAUCAUUUCUACGAUGAACAAAGCGGUAGCUGGUUACUUUCGGCGAAUCACUGGCCUACAUAAGUAUUGUAACGAAGCUUUUUGUUGCCCCUGCUUCUUCUGGUUUGCUGAGGUAUACUCGCCGCGUCCAGGGUUCGUUACAAUAUAAAUUUGUAAACUAUGGGGCUCUUUGCAAAUCGCUUUUAUUUAGAAGUGCACACUACCACACGUACUUUAUUAUAUAUUAUUAUUAUAAUCUCUGGAACUGCGUUCAAGGAGCGCCGCCCGUUGCUGGCGUUCCGACAGUUUCCUUCACACUU